UCCAAACACUCCUCGCCGUGAAACCACGCAGGUGAACCCCCCCCCUCAGGUGUUUCGGUGACACUAUGCACAGAUUGAAGGUCAUCUCGGGUCACUUGUCUCCCCGCGGCUCCGCUGAGCUCCGGCGGGAUGUGUGGAGGUCUGAGUGCGGCUCGGCGGGCAGCAGCGGCUCGGCGGGCAGCAGCAGCCCGGCGGGCAGCAGCAGCAGCCCGGACGACGUGGUGGUCGUGCACGGCCGGAGGACCGCGAUCGGGAAGGCGAAGAGAGGAGCGUUUAAGGACACGACGCCUGACGAGCUGCUGAGCGCCGUGAUGUCAGCAGUGAUGAGCGACGUGGGUCUGUCGCCCAACAAGCUGGGAGACGUUUGUGUGGGUAAUGUCCUGCAGCCCGGGGCGGGGGCUCUGAUGGCCCGUGUGGCUCACUUCCUCAGCGGCUUCCCGGAGACAGUUCCGACGUACACGGUGAACAGACAGUGCUCGUCCGGCCUGCAGGCGCUCUUUAACAUCGCAGGAGCCAUCCAGAGCAGAGCCAUCGACCUCGGCCUCGCAUGCGGUGUGGAGAGCAUGUCUCUUCGUGCGGUCGGUAAACCCGGAGACGUGAGCUCCAGGCUGAUGGACAACGAGAAAGCUCGAGACUGCAUCAUCCCGAUGGGCAUCACAUCAGAGAACGUGGCGGAGCGAUAUGGGGUCACCAGAGAGAAGCAGGACGCCUUCGCCCUCAGCUCUCAGCUCAAAGCGUUCCGGGCUCAGAGUGCGGGUGUGUUCGAGCAGGAGAUCGUCCCCGUCACCAUCCAGUGUGUGGACGAGAAGGGGACGGAGCAUCAGGUGACCGUGCGUCAGGACGAGGGGAUCAGAGCGGGGACGACUCUGACAGGACUCAGUAAACUGAGACCGGCCUUCAAAGAAGACGGGACCACCACAGCAGGUAACUCGAGCCAGGUGAGCGACGGAGCAGCGGCCGUUCUGAUUGGUCGCAGGUCUGCAGUGGAGGCUCUGGGUCUUCCUGUCCUUGGGGUCCUGACGAGCGCGGUGGUCGGGGUCCCUCCUGAUGUGAUGGGGAUCGGACCGGCGUACGCCAUCCCCGCCGCUCUGGAGCAGGCCGGACUGACCGUGGACGACAUCGACGUGUUUGAGAUUAACGAGGCGUUCGCCAGUCAGGCGGUUUACUGCGUGGAGAAGCUGGGGAUCCCUCUGGAGAAGGUGAACCCUAACGGAGGCGCCAUCGCUCUGGGUCACCCUCUGGGCUGCACGGGGGCUCGCCAGGUGGUGACGCUGCUCAACGAGCUCAGACGCCGAGGACGGAGGGCGUACGGCGUCGUCUCCAUGUGCAUCGGGACCGGGAUGGGAGCUGCUGCUGUGUUCGAGUACCCCGGACCGUAAACACCGCAGAACCCCAAAUCAAGACUCUUAACUGUAAUCAAAGCCCCUUUCAGAUGUGAGGAACUGACGCUCCGGGAACUGAACUUAUAAAACUUUAACAUGAGUAGCAGACGAGCAGGAAGUGAUCAGGAAAUGGUUUUUAAGGCGUCACAGUCUCGUGGUGGGAAGGUAGAGAAUGUGCUCUAACACCUUAGAAAGGUCACAGCUGAUCUGUGUGUACGGAUACAUCCCUCCUGUUCAUGCUGGAUAUUUACCUUCCUGUAAAUGACUUUGGCCUGCAGCAGUGAGAGAGGCUAAAAGUUUUUGAUUUAAGUAGUUAGUAAAUAAUGAACUCUGAGAUCAUGUUAAUGUGCUGACAAAUCCUUAAAGGCUUUAUAUUCGAUUUUUCACACUUAAAUAUUGAAAUCAAGUAUAUCCUCUGAAAAUAACUCUGUGAGUCAUGACUGUCUACAAUGGG